AUGCAGGGCUUCAACAUGGGACGCUACGUCCCCCCGGACCUCGAGGGCACCACCUCCGGCAACAAGCUCAACAAGAAACAUCCCCUCGGCAACCGCGCCUCCAAGCUCGCCUCCCACGGCAUCCUCACCGUGCGCUUCGAGAUGCCCUUCCCCAUAUGGUGCGCGCACUGCCCCAAGCCCACCAUCAUCGGCCAGGGCGUGCGCUUCAACGCCGAGAAGAAGCGCGUGGGAAAUUACUUUUCGACGCCGAUAUGGAGUUUUCGGUUCAGGCAUGUUGAGUGUGGGGGGUGGAUUGAGAUGCGGACCGAUCCGAAGAAUACGGCGUAUAUUGUUGUUGAGGGGGCUACGAAGCGGGAUACUGGGACCGAUGAUGAUGCUGGGGGAGCUAUUUUGACGGAUCAAGAGAGGGAGGAGCUGCGCAAGAAUGCCUUUGCGAGUUUGGAAAAGACGAUUGCGGACAGGAAGCAGCUUGAGAUUGCGGCGGAAAGGCUUGAUGACUUGGAGGACUUGUCGAGGCGGCACUGGGAUGAUCCGUAUGCGCAGAAUCAGAGGCUGAGAAAGGCAUUUCGCGUGGGUCGCAAGGAGAGGGAGAAGGCGGCCGCUGCGACGGAGGAUUUGAAGGAGAGGAUGGGGCUCGGGAUGGAAUUGUUGCCGGAGAAGGAGGAGGAUGCCAAGAGAGCCGCGUUGGUGGACUUUGGAUCCAGGCCGGAUGGUGAAGAAGAGGAGGACAAGGCGCUCUCUAAGCCUUUAUUUGCAUCGGCGACGAAGACGAGUUCACGAGCCAAAGCACAACAGAAGCCAUCGUCAUCUUUGGCUAUGAAAGACACCAGACUGAAAGCUGAGAAAGAAGCAUCGAGGAGGAAAGAGACGUUUGUCGCAGGCGUCAUUUCCAACACGCGGGCAGCACAGGAUCCCUUUCUCAUUCAGGCCAACAACAACGACAAGGCAGCAAGCAGCAGACCGUCUUUCGGCAUCGUUAAGAAGAGGAAGCGAGUUGACGGCGAAUCGGAUGACAGGCCCGAAACUAAAGCCGUGAUGCCGGUCGGCGGAGGACUGGUGCAGUAUGAUUCUGACUGA